UACCUCUUACACAAUCCUAUCUUUUCUUCAUUCUGCUUACAUCCAGCUCGUGUGCAGUUAUCCAGUCGUUUCUCACUUUUUAAUUUUGUUUUUAAACACAGAAGGCCUAGGAAAUGAGUGGGGACCAUUCCCAUAACGAGGACCAGAUUGACUAUGCCUCUCGGGCCAAUGACUCCCAUAAGCAUAAAGACAAGUACAAAGACAAGGAAUAUAAACAUAAGGAACACAAGAAAGACAGGGAACGGGAGAAGUCCAAGCAUGGCAACAGUGACCACAAGGACCUGGAGAAAAAGUUCAAGGAAAAGGAGAAAAUGAAGCACAAAGAUGGCAACAAAGACAAGCACAAAGAAAAGAGGAAAGAGGAGAAGGUGAAGCCCUUUGAUGGUAAAAUCAAGAAAGAAAAAGAAAACGGCUUUGCCAGCCCACCACAUGUGAAGUCUGAGCCAGAUGACGAUUACCACUCUCCUAAAUUCCAGAAGUCUCUUAAAAGAGAGCGAGACGAGGAUUAUGAAGCUGAAUUCAAGCCUAAAAAGAUAAAGACUGAAAACGAUAAGAAAGCCAAGAAAAGGAAACAAGAGGAUGAGGAUAUUAAGUCCAAAAAAACCAAAAGUAAAAAAGGAGAAGCUGCUGAUGGGAAGAAGAAAGCAAAGCAAGAACCAGAGGAGAAGUGGAAAUGGUGGGAAGAGGAGAGGUACACGGACGGCGUCAAAUGGAAGUUCCUCGAACACAAAGGCCCAGUGUUUGCUCCGCCCUACGAACCCCUGCCUAGCAAUGUCAAGUUUUAUUAUGACGGUAAAUCCAUGAAGCUGAGCCCAGAAGCAGAGGAAGUGGCUACGUUCUUCGCCAAAAUGUUGGACCAUGAGUACACUACCAAGGACAUCUUCCGUAAAAAUUUCUUUAAGGAUUGGAGAAAGGAAAUGACUUCUGAAGAGAAGUCCACAAUCACAGACCUGAAGAGGUGCAACUUCUCUGAGAUGAGCGAGUAUUUUAAGGCUCAGUCUGAGGCCAGGAAAGCCAUGACAAAAGAACAAAAACAGAAAAUAAAAGAAGAAAACGAGCGGCUGCUGCACGAGUACGGCUUCUGCAUCAUGGACAACCACAAAGAGCGCAUCGCAAACUUCCGCAUCGAGCCGCCCGGCCUGUUCCGCGGCCGAGGAGACCAUCCCAAAAUGGGAAUGCUGAAACGCCGCAUCCGGCCUCAGGACAUCAUCAUCAAUUGCAGCAAGGACUCCAAGUACCCCACGCCGCCUCCAGGCACUAAAUGGAAAGAGGUUCGCCAUGACAACAAGGUGACUUGGCUGGUUUCAUGGACGGAGAACAUCCAAGGUUCCAUCAAGUACAUCAUGCUGAACCCCAGCUCCAGAAUCAAGGGAGAGAAAGAUUGGCAGAAAUACGAAACGGCUCGUCGACUGAAGAAGUGUGUGGACCGCCUCAGAGCGCAGUAUCGGGAAGACUGGAAAUCCAAGGAGAUGAGGAUCAGACAAAGAGCCGUGGCGCUUUACUUCAUUGACAAGCUGGCUCUGAGAGCAGGAAAUGAGAAGGAGGAAGGGGAGACGGCGGACACAGUGGGCUGCUGCUCGCUGAGGGUGGAACAUCUCAAACUGCACCCAGAAAGUGAAGGUCAGGAGUUUGUGGUGGAGUUCGACUUCCUGGGUAAAGACUCGAUCCGCUACUAUAACAGAGUCCCUGUGGAGAAAAGAGUGUUCAAGAACCUUCAGUUGUUCAUGGAAAACAAAGAACCCGACGAUGACCUCUUUGAUCGUCUAAAUACUUCUAUCCUGAACAAACAUCUCCAGGAGCUGAUGGACGGCCUCACAGCUAAAGUUUUCCGUACUUACAACGCCUCAAUCACCCUGCAGCAACAGCUGAAGGAACUCACUAACGCGGACGACAACAUUCCAGCCAAGAUCCUGUCCUACAACAGAGCCAACAGAGCCGUGGCCAUCCUGUGUAACCAUCAGAGAGCUCCCCCAAAGACAUUCGAGAAGUCUAUGCAGAACCUGCAAACCAAGAUCGACGCCAAGAAGGAUCAGCUUUCUGAUGCCAAGAGGGAACUGAAGAGCGCCAAGGCCGACGCCAAAGUACGGAGAGAUGAGAAAUCCAAAAAGGCAGUAGAAACCAAGAGAAAGGCAGUUCAGAGGAUAGAGGAGCAGCUGAUGAAGCUGGAGGUUCAGGCUACCGAUCGCGAAGAGAACAAGCAGAUCGCCCUCGGCACUUCCAAACUCAACUAUUUGGACCCGCGCAUUUCUGUGGCUUGGUGUAAGAAGUGGGGCGUUCCCAUCGAGAAGAUCUACAAUAAAACUCAGCGUGAGAAGUUUGCUUGGGCUAUCGACAUGGCUGACGAAGACUAUGAAUUUUAAAUCCCAAUUUAUUUAUCUACGACGAACUUUUUUUUAUCGGAUACUUGUGUUUUUUAGCCUUCAUAAAUUUCGCUCAAUGGCCAGAAACCGAUGAGGAAUUUUAAAAGUUUGUGCAGGGAAAAAUAAACACAUGGAAGAAAUGAGGCCAUUUUUGACAGAUUUUUGUGGAUAGUCCAAAACAAAAACGACAACAAAAAAUCAUCUGAUCCAACGUCAGAUAACGAGACUGAACUGCAUCCUCGAUGGAGAGUCCAGGGCGUAGUCCCAGUAAUUUGAAGACUCCUAGACUUUUUUUUUUUUCUCUCUCUCCGUCCCUCCUCAGGGACAAAACUUGACAGCGCUUGAAUUUUGUGGUCCUAUCGCUACUGUGUUACGCAAAAAAAAGACUAAAAUAAAAAAAACAACCUGAAAUGCUUUGUACCAUUUUAUUUUUUUUUUUUGUUCACUCGCUCUGUAUUUUAGCCCCUACCAUGUAUUAUUGAUGAAUUCUAUAUUUUGUUAGAGAAAGUUAAAAUGAAAAGAAAUCCUUAAAUACACCCACGCGCCUUCGAAGAAAGUGGAAGCGGGUGUGUAUGCGUGUGUGUGUGCCUGCGUGUGUGUGUGUGUGUAUUCAAGGCUCGGCGGCGUGGAAGCUGUCUGGGUGAAUAUUUUAAACUGGACUGUUGAGAGUAAGAGAGGAUGUCUGAGCAGGCAAAGGGGGGGUAAUAUUGCAUCCAUGUCAAUAUUUACUUAGGCGAGUAGAAUGUGAAUAUAUUAUUUUACAGUUUCUAUCAGGGACUUUUUUUUUUCUUUUUUUGUUACUUCACUGUAAAUGUGAAUCCAUCAUGUUUUGUUUUAUUUCCCUCUUGCAAGCGUCCUCUCAAUCUCUUAAAUUUUAUUUUAUUUUCUGGGUAGUUUAGCAGGAAAAAAUAGAAACCUCCCACGUCUCUUACUUGAACACGAUUUCUAGUCAGCAGAUGAAAUGUCUACCCCUCCCUGUGGAGGUUUGAGGGAUGUCAACUUUGCCAAAAAAAAAAAGAAAUGAUGAAAGUCACCAAGCUGUUACAGUGCAGGAAAGUUUUAACUGUGUGAUUAAUAAUGAUGUAACAUUUAAUGUGAAAUAUCAUUUUAUUCCACUUCUGUCCCACUUCUGACAGGAAGCGUUGAUGUAAGCUGCUGUAAAGUACACAUCCUACUCCUGUCUUACCUUUUAUGUCAUAGCCUUUGAUCAUGUUUUUGAAUUUUAAACUCAUUGUAGGUUGGAAAAAACAAUAAAAUCCUACAAAUCAAAA